CUCGGCGCCAUAGGAGGGUAUAAGUGGGAUAACAAUGAGAAGCAUCUCAAGCCCGAGACCGGGCUGCUCAACAUCCGUGCCGGGCUCGGCGUGUUUGCCAAUCUGCGGCCAGCCACUGUGUUACCGCAGUUAGUAGAUGCAUCUACUUUGAAGAAAGAGGUAGCUGAAGGAGUUGACAUCAUGGUUGUUAGAGAGCUUACUGGAGGGAUAUACUUCGGCAAACCUAGGGGUUUUGGAACUAACGACAAGGGAGAGGAAACUGGCUUCAACACUGAAAUAUAUUCAGUUGCUGAGAUCGAUCGUAUUGCCCGUGUUGCAUUUGAGGUUGCUCGCAAGAGAGGAGGAAAAUUAUGCUCGGUGGACAAGGCGAAUGUACUUGAGGCGUCCAUGCUCUGGAGGAAACGGGUAACUGCAAUAGCUUCCGAAUUCCCUGACGUAGAGCUCUCACACAUGUACGUUGAUAACGCUGCAAUGCAGCUUGUUAGGAAUCCUAAACAGUUUGACACGAUUGUGACAAACAAUAUCUUUGGUGACAUAUUAUCGGACGAAGCAUCAAUGAUCACAGGAAGCAUUGGAAUGCUGCCAUCUGCCAGUGUUGGUGAAUCGGGACCAGGUCUUUUUGAACCCAUUCAUGGCUCUGCUCCUGACAUUGCUGGCCAGGACAAGGCAAACCCGCUAGCUACAAUUCUUAGUGCUGCGAUGCUAUUGAAAUAUGGCCUUGGUGUAGAAAGUGCUGCAAAGAGAAUCGAAGCUGCGGUUACAGAGACACUGGACAAUGGGUUCCGAACUGGGGACAUAUAUUCUCCUGGGACGACAUUGGUUGGAUGCAAGCGAAUGGGAGAGGAAGUCCUGAAGGCUCUGGAGUCGCAGAAGUAAAACAGUAAAGGGUUGAAGAAGCCUGCGGCAUGGGAUGGUCGAAAGCGCACUGGGAUCCGAUCUGACCUUAACCCACCAAAGAUCAAUUGAUCUUGUCCCUGGAUAGCGUGAUUUUGUUUUUAUUUGCCUUCCUCCACCCUUGUAGUUGGGUGCAGGAAUUUAGCGGAUCAUCUUCUCCCUUUCUGUUGCUCAUUGGAAAGAUUUUUGCGUGCCUUGAUUGAAUAAAUUGUGUCGGUGAUGGAUAGAAAAAUGGGGAUGGUUCCCCUUUGCUCCUGGCUGGAAUGAAAAAGAUAUUGGAUUU